AUGGCUUUUAUGAAAAAACUCCUACCCAUUCUGUGGGUCUUCUUGGCCUACUACUACUAUUCAGCAAAUGAGGAAUUCAAACCAGAGAUGCUCCAAGGAAAGAAAGUGAUUGUCACAGGGGCCAGCAAGGGGAUUGGAAAGGAGAUGGCCUAUCAUCUGGCGAAGAUGGGAGCCCAUGUGAUGGUGACAGCGAGAUCAGAAGAAGCUCUAAAGAAGAUAGUAGCCGAGUGUUUGGAGUAUGGAGCAGCCUCGGCACACUACAUUGCUGGCACCAUGGAGGACAUGACCUUCGCAGAGCGCUUUGUUGCCAGAGCUGGAAAGAUCUUGGGAGGACUAGACAUGCUCAUUCUCAAUCACAUCACCAGCGCUACUAUGGAACCAUUUGUUGGUGAUAUCCCCUUAGUGCGCAAAAGUAUGGAGGUCAACUACAUCAGUUAUGUGGUCCUGAGUAUGGCUGCCCUUCCCAUGCUGAAGCAGAGCAACGGAAGCAUUGUCAUUGUCUCCUCCAUGGCUGGGAAAAUGGCUAGUCCACUGGUUGCUCCCUAUUCUGCAAGCAAGUUUGCUCUCGAUGGGUUUUUCUCCUCCAUCAGGCAGGAAUAUUCAGUGACCAAGGUCAAUGUGUCAAUCACUCUCUGUAUCCUCGGCCUCAUAAACACAGACUCAGCUAUGAAGGCAGUGGAUGGGAUACUCAGCACAGAGGCAUCUCCAAAGGAAGACUGUGCCCUGGAGAUCAUCAAAGGGGGAGCUCUGCGCCAAGAGGAAGUGUAUUAUGGCAAAUUAGGAUGGAGCAACCUCCUGCUGAGAAAUCCAGGGAGGAUCUUCCUGGAAUUUCUCAGCCUAAGAAGUUAUAAUAUGGAAAGAUUUAUAAACAACUAG